AUGAUGGAAGAGCUGGAAGACCAUGAAACAGAUGGACAGGAAGAGAACGAUAACAGCGACAGUGACAGUGAUGUGACAGUGUUACCUCCUGAUCCUAGUGCGAAGGUUGAAGAUCAACCCAAGGAGCAAAAUCUGUUGCAAAGAGCAGCUGAUACGGUUUUUAAUCUGGUCAAGAAAUUCACUGGAAAUGGGCAUGAUAACAAGCAAGAUAAGGAAGGAGACGAUAGUAAACUCGGCGCCCAAGACAAUAAAAUGACUGCUUCUGAGAAGGAAUCCCAAGGUGAAAGCCUGGGAAAAAUUGUCACUCUUGUUGGUCAUGAAGAGCUCAACGAAAAUUCACAAAUGAGUGGUGACAAUGCCUGUAUAGUAAAGCAAGGUCACAGUCGUGAUAGAAAUGCUUCACAAGGAAAAUGUGUGUCUGGUAAUAUAAGCCAUGAAGAUAGUCCACCUUGCAGCAAAGCAGAUAACGAGGGAGAGACUCGUACAUGUAGCCCUGCUCCGUCAGCAUGCCAGUUGUUUGCUCAGGUAUUGGGGCACUACAGUCUGGGGUGUUUUGUGAGACGAAUACUGUUUUCAAAGAAUGAAAACUUUACAGUAUCAAUGAAUUUAGCCACGAGUGGUGAUUACAAGCGAAAUUUAAUUGUAGCUCAUGAAAAAGAUAAAGGUGAAUCUUAUGAAAAGAAAGAAAGUCAAGACCAAGAGAACGUUCCUGCAGAACAGGCUGGAGAGCCAUCUAAUGCUGACAACUCAGAAGAGAAGAGUGCUGAAUUAGAUAUCGUAGACCAAGAAUUCUCUGUUAUCAUUCCUGAAAUGUCCUCCAGCGUUCUGAAAAUAUCAAAUGAAGUUACCAGCUCAGGCGCAUCGGGAGUCUCAGAAUAUGUUGACCCUUUGCCUGGAGUUUUGCAGCCUAGCGAGUCACUAAACAUUUUCGUCUCAGAGAAUGAGAAGAAGAGGGAAACUGAUGACAAAACCCCUUCAUUACCAGAAGUGUCAGUUGUUACGUCCUUACCCUUAAAUGCCACUCUGCCGGCUUCUUCGUCUGCGGUACUUAAAAGUUCCCAAGUGCCACUAAUUAAGGAUUCUUUUGUUGAUGUUCCACAAGGUGAAUCCAAGUUACACGAUCAGCAGGAGUUAAAUUUACAACUUGUACAAAGCAUUCCUGACAGACCGUCAACUGUGUUAGGAAGUGAACAGGCACACUCUGUGACAAAAGGCACUUCUCAACAGCCAUUGCCUUUGAAUGUGAAGGAUAUAAGUUUCCAAAGAUGAAGAGAAAGUAGAAGACAAUGUAACUGUUACAGAAUGCAAAGGUCAAAUUCAAUUCACAUUAUGUCAGAAUCUUCUCCAGAUAUUGACGUCUUGGAGACAAAACUCGCUGACAAAGAUGGACGAGAGGGGUACUGCUCAAUUACCUGAAGAGGUACAUUUAGAAAAAGAGCCUAUACAUAGUGCCAGUGAAGCGUCAGAAUCAACCAAAGCAACUGAUUUUCAAGGAUAAAUUUAGAACCAGUUACAACAGAAGGUGAAGGAUUGAAACCAGAUUUGGACAACCAGGAGCCGGUUAUUGAAAAAGCACCAAAUCGACAUCCAAAAUGUUGGAAUCUGAAAAUUAAUGUGGAUCAAGUUAUUCAGCCUACCAUUCCUCCUAGUAUUGACAUUACUGACACUUCAGACCCUGUUCUUCCAUUACCAGCUCCUCCUGUUAUUGGAGACACAAGCUUGCCUAGCCAUGAGUUUUCAACUGCAGCAUCGUCAGCAGAAGCUACUCUUGAUACUUCAAUCCUCAGCAAAGCUCAACAAGCCGCUGUUUCUUCUUCAGCUGGACUAUCGUCAGGGGUCGGGUCAGGAGGGCAGAAGGAAUCCAUAUUUGUUCGUCUUAGUAACAAGAUCAAGGUUCUGGAACAGAAUUUGAACAUGAGUACCCUGUAUAUGGAACAGCUGCAUCAGAGGUAACUUUUGCAAUUUAAUCUCUUCAAUCUCUCGUUGAUACAAGUGGUUACAGCACCAUGUUCUCUUUAAAGCUUUAUUUGUGUGGGCCCAGGCUCCGGCCCCAAAAGGGAAAAGGCGGAAAAAAAAAAAAAUCAGCAAAUGAAGUGGUGGAAAUGACCUUUCCCACACCCCAGUCCAUGUUUUUUUUUGUUGUAGUUGUAGUUGUUGUUGUCUUUUUCUUUUUUUGGCUGUUUUGCCCUGUUUUUUGCCUUUUCCUCCACUAUGGAGCCUGGUCCCAGGCUAAAGCUACACGUACAUGUACAACCUGAUGGACAAAACUCUUUAGAUGGUUCCUUCUAUUAAUUUUUUUGAAUUACGCGCUACAUUACCAUCUCCUCUAAACAUCUAAUAAAAUUACCCCAACCCCUCCCCUAUUCAAUAGUGGUUGGCCUUUAAACCAGUGUAUAUAAUUCUGGGCCCAGUUGUUCAAAGGCGAUUAGCACUAAACCCAGGGUUAAAUUUAACCCGAGUUUCUUUUUUUUUUUUCAACAUUUUCUCAGAUAAUUUGCUCUGUUGUUUUAAGACCAUCCAAAUAUCAACUUGUUGACAAAAAAAGAAUUAAACUGAAUUUACUUUUUAAGCUUUCAUAUCUGGAUUCAUAUUUCGCACUAACCCUAGGUUAUCUUAACUCAGCUUUGAACAACCUGGCUCUGUGUCCGGUUCCUGAAAGGUCGAUUAGCGCUAAGCCAGGAUUAAAAUUUUGUUCCAUUUUUGUAAUUUACCUUCCUACGUGUUGUAGAGUAACCUUUUGUGUUAUCAUUACUGUAUCUCGGGGUAAAGGCUCAUGCAACAGUAUUUUUUUUUAGCUCGAGUUGCAUGUCCUUAGACAAGAAAACCUUGCUUAAAACUAGGCUUAAUCCUGGGUUAAACUUAACCAACUUUCGAGGAACCAGGCCCUGGUAUUACUCAAAAAAUUGUUGGAAGAGAGGAAGGGGGAGUAAGACAAUUAAUUUAAGCAAGGGGUUUCAUUUUUAGUCCGAAUGACAGAAAAAAUAGGUCUUUUUCAACUUUUAUCAACCGGUUUUAGAUCACAGUUGUAGCUGAUCUCCAAAAGCGUUUACCGUAGUACAUGACCAGAGUGAAAUAAAAGUAGUUUAGAGUUCUCGGAGAAAGUGCUUAGGGACAAUCUCAUAACUUCGUAUCUUUUUCCUUCCUUCUUCAAAGAAGUUAUGUUUAUGUAGCCUGAAAUUCAGACGUUACUGAGGGAGUAAAAACGACUCAAAAUAGUUGUCUGAAAUUCAGGCUUAUGUUUAAGGUCAUUGCGAAGAUUCUCCUCCCCCCACCCACCCUCUUUUUUUUUCUGGGGGUGGGGGGGAGUUAAACAGGUUUAAAUCUUCAGAACCGAGCUUGUGCCUUGUGUCUUUUCUUGUUAGAAUGCACGUUGUGUUUGUCUGGUUUUGAUCUUAUCAAGAGAAACAAAGUUGAUGCUUUAUGAUGCUAAUAGGGUUGCCUUAUUUCCGGUCACAGAUACCGAAAGUCAGUGGAAGAAUUACAGAAGAACUCAGAUAAGAAAGUUGCCCUGUUGACCAAUGCUACCAAGAAGGCAGAG